GCAUUGCUAACUUUACGCACGAUUUAACAACUUUAGCCUUAGCAACAAAAGUCUCGUUAUUUGGCCGCAAAUUGGCAGAUAUUGUGUAAAAAUGGGACGCUAUAAAUGUGCAUUCAACUGCGAGAACUCCAAUGAUGCAGAUGUUAAGUUUUUCAAGUUCCCCCUCUACAAUCCCCGAAAACUUAAGAAAUGGCUUAUCAACAUGAAGUGGAAGGACUGGACUCCGACUCGCUUCUCUGUGCUGUGCAUCAAUCAUUUUGAGGAACAGUACAUUGACAGAACUGGCAAAUGUGUGAAACUUAAAGAAGAUGCGGUUCCCACCAUAUUUCCAAUCACUGAUAACGCCCAGAAAAAGGCUCCCGUCAACCCGAGACGUAAGAGACACAAGGCACUUGCUGAUAAAGCAUCAGAGAAAGAUUCACCUCAGUCUACAGCAGCCACUCCCACUACAGCAAAGCACAGCACCCAGAACAAAGAAACUAGCCAGACAGAGCAGGAGCCGCCUGGAGAUCCAAAAAAGUCUGACAAAUGGAGGAUUAUAGUUGAUGAAGGCCUGAUGAAGAUCGAGUCAUUUCCACAUUUCUUUCAUGGAGAUUACUGUGUGCCACAGAAUAUUCAGUGGGCGCCAGAUGAAAAUUUCACUACGGAGCAUAAAGAGCCCGAAAACACAAUAGAGGUUAAAGAGCCGUGGCAGUGGCUCGGCCUGGAUGUCAGAGGACCACUGCCCCAAACACUGAACGGACACAGAUACAUCUUGACAGUUACAGACUACUACUCCAAAUGGGUGGAAGCUGUGCCGAUGCAGUCGUGCCUCCCUUCGCAUGUGGCAAAAAACAUAGUGGACAUAAUCGCCCACUUUGGAUACCCUUUCAGAAUCCUCUCCAGACUGCCGCAUGACAUCGUCCACAAAAUCAACCGAGAACUCCAAGAUCAGCUUAAGGUUACAGUCGCACUUGUGGUCCAUCAUCAGCAGACGGGCACGGCAGAUUUGACCACAGCACAGCUGAUUGACAGGAUGGUAGGUGAUCUAAUAGAGGAACAUUCAGCUGACUGGGAUGUUUACCUGCCUGCAAAGGUUUUCAGCCUGUGUUUCAAAGAGCAUUCAAAGAGCAAGAAGAGGCCUUUCUCCGUGCUGUGUUGUAACGGACUAGAGCCUGCCCAAUCUCCUAGAGGACUGGAUUAUGAUUAUUCCAAGAUCCGAGAGAGUGCUUUUGUGGUUAGAUAAAAGUUCAUUUGGUCACUUGAAUUGGACAACAAACUGAUGGAGAAUACAUUUCUACUGUGACAUUGGACGCCUUAAUGGUUUAAUUAGUAGAAGUAGAAGAACUUGGGGACUGGACUGGACAGGAAGUGCAAAUAAAAACUGCAAACUGCUACAUCGAACUCAAACAAACAAAAUUCCCAAGGACUUAUUGCAGUAAUUCAAAAUAUUUUUUUAUUUGUUGUUUUUAUUCAGCCAUUAAAUCGUCAAAAUGCCA